GCAAGACGUCGCGCUUGUCUUUCAGACCGCGACAAAGUCACGAGCCCAACUAAACCGCUCCUAAGCUACCGCCCAUCAUGUCCAAAAAAGAAUCGGCAUACGGCCAGGCGGCCGGCGACACCGACUUCCGCAAAAAAUACGACCUCGACGAGUAUGCGGCCAAAGCAAAGGACCGCGAAGCCGCCGAGAAGGAGGAGCGCAAGGCGCGAUGGGAGGCCAAGAUGGCGGGCAAGAAAUACUACAAGCCGAUGGACGGGAGCGAGACGCUCACGACGGCGCGCAACGCGACGCAGGACUUCAGCAAGCUGGUCGGGACGUCCACGCUCGUGCCGGCGGGCGCGGGCGUCGGCAAGCGCGGCCGCGGCGCCGGCUUCUACUGCGAGGCCUGCGACCUGACCUUCAAGGACAACCUGCAGUGGAUCGAGCACACCAACAGCAUGCAGCACCAGCGGAGCAUCGGCGCCACGGGCGAGGUGCGCAAGGCCACCGCGGAGGAGGUCCACGCGCGCAUCGAGGCGCUGUGGGAGAGGGAGCAGGAGCGCAAGAGGGAGCAGGUCGUCUCGCUUGCCGAGAGGUUGGAAGUGCGCAAGGAGGAGGAGGAGAAGGAGAGGGAGGAGAAGAGGCGGAAACGGAAGGAGGCGGAGGAGCGGAAGAGGUUGGAGAAGGAGGCUGCGGUGAAGGUCAAGACGGAGUAUGGCGAGGAUGUCCGGAUCGAGGGCGAACAUGACGAGGACGACAUGAUGGCCGCCAUGGGUUUCACUGGAUUCGGGGCCACGAAAAAGUAGGACUAUCGAUCGGGCAAAUUUUGGUUAUUGCUUUUGCGGAUAAAAGGUCGCAUUGUUCUUAUGUGGCGAAGAUACCAACCAUAGGGCGGCGUUUGGAGUUCAUUUUGGAUGGUUGCAUCUCUCGCGACAGGAUGUAGGCGAGAACCGAAAACACCACAUGGCACGAAAACA